ACCCCCACCCUCGCCAGCCUUCCUUCUGAAAAGCUGUCAGUCAACCGGCUGUUGCAUUUUCGGUUAUCGAUUGGUCUUGUCUGGACCGUGAAGUCGCGGGAGAGUUUGGACAGAAAUGGUGGAUAACUAAAUAGAGUUCACGAAGGCCGUUUAAAAAAAGUAUCAAUUUACGGUCUGCUAAACAGGGUGGCGCUCCCAUAGACACCAAUGCGAUAGCAGCUGGGUCUGGUCUGCUUUGUUCAUUGAUUGAACCAGAAAAAACUGCGACUGGAUUGGAAUCCUUUCCUGCCCCCUUCAAAAAAAACGUGACUAGCUAGCAUAUUGACGCCGAUAAAUACAGAAACAAAUGAAUGGUGACCGUUAGGAUCGCGUGACGAGAAUGGAAGAUAAUUUGGAGCGCGUGCUCCAUUGCGAUGACAAGGAGGAGUUGAGGCGGAAACUGGCCCUGCUACAGAGAGAGUACUCCAGGACAGUUCAGAGAUUACAGCGAGCUGAGCGUUCAGAUGCCGUGCGGAAGCAUGUGAGGAGUCGGAUCUCUGAGCAGAACCUCCAGGACCAGACAGACCCAGUCCCAGCCAGCACCUUUCCCAACCCAGCUCUACCUCCCCUCUCUCUUGGUAGCCCUGCUAGGACAGCCCCAGGUUCGGCCUCACCACCAGGCCCCGCUGGAGACUCGACUGUGGCGGCAUCGUGUCCGGUGGAAUCUGAGAACCCCAGGCAGAGGAGUCCGUCCAUCCGCUUCCUCCUCCCCGUCGAUGACUCUUGCCCUCGGACACCUGACCUUAACCCUCACAGACGAAGCCACUCCCUCCGGCUGAGGUCACGGAGAAGCCGGCUGCGCUGGGAGCGGAGGGGCGAGGGGGCAGGGGGGAGGUACGACACGGAGACCAGCGAGGAUGGGCAGGAGCUGGAAGCACAAACAGAGAAAGAAGAGGACGGAGAGAAGAGAAAUAUGGAGGAAGAGAAGGAGGGUGUGAAGAAAGAGCUAGAGAGGGAGGAGAAUGAGAGGGAAAUUCCAGAUAAAGAGGCAAUGAAACAGAGCGAUGGAGAGGAGAGAGAAGAACAGAGGACAUAUGGACAGAAGGAGAUAGGUUCACCCCUUCCUUCUCUGAGGAGAGAUGGAGAGAAUGAGAGAGAAGAGGGAAGUGAUUCAGUAGCUGUGGGAGACGCCAUGUUAGGGGCUGUUGGGUUGUGUAACACUGGGGGAGUCCUGGACUCGUGCACUCUGGUGGAAGGUCUGCCGUUCCCUGUAGAAUACUACAUCAGAACCACAAGACGCAUGGCCUCUUCACAGAGCCGCAGAGACCUGCAGGCUGUCAUUCUGAACCAACUCAACAGGGGGCGCCACAGAAGGAGCAGGGGCCGGAUGUCUAACACACACACACUCUCAACUUCACACUCCGACUCACUAGCACAACCCUCCAAUCACCGCCCGUGCUCAAGUCAACUGACCUCAAACUCACCGAACAAUCCCACACCGGUCGAGGAGCCAUCAGCCAAUCAGGUGCUUACCGCUGAGUCAGGGACCAAUCAGAGUGAGCGUUUACCUUCCAGAGCCUGCAGUGUUCGGCCUAUCAGAGGCCGGAGGAGGAGAGGAAGGAGGCCGAGACUGGGCCACUCUCUAAGUUUGGACUCGGAUCCCCCAGCACCAGUCCCAGACAACACCCAGACCCCGGCCGCUAUUCGCCCAGCCUCACAGCCUCUCCCUGGGGGUGGAUGUCCGGAGCGCUGGCCUCUCUCUGGAGGUGUGGAGGAACAGCUUUAUCCCAUCUUCAGAAGGAGCUGUGUCUCUCCCCUCAUUCACACAGCAAAGCAGAGCAAAGAGAGUGUGUGGUCUCUCCUCCUGCCCUCCUCCCUCUCCCCUGGAGGACCAGCAGUGCACCCUGGGAGUCUGGGCCGCGUCAUCUCAACCUUUGACCUCCAGGAUUUCCAUCUCCCCGACGACCAGUUCGGACAACUAAAGCUCCAGAAGCUUCGCGCCUCGUCUGCCGUUGCCGUCCCAGAACCCUUCUACCCUUACAACAUGCGUCGUCGCCGCAACAGAGGCUCGGUCCACGGUCUCCACGGCUACACAGGCGGUCAGACGUCUAAAGCGCCUGAGCCCCUCCCUCUCAGCCUCACCCCUCCUGUCACAGACUGCGUCACUUCAGUAGAACAGUCUAUAGACAGAUCUAUAGGCCAGCAUCUUAUAGACCACCCUAUAGGCCAGCAGUCUACAGACGCACUAGACCAUUCUACAGACCUCCAUUCGGAGUACCAUUCGGAGUACCAUUCAGUUUGCCAGUUUACAGACCACUUUGUAGACCAGCCUACUGGCCAUCAGUCUACAGACCAACCCGUAGACCAGCCUACUGGCCAUCAGUCUACAGACCAACCCGUAGACCAGCCUACUGGCCAUCAGUCUACAGAACACCUUGUAGACCAGCCUACUGGCCAUCAGUCUACAGACCAACCCGUAGACCAGCCUACUGGCCAUCAGUCUACAGACCAACCCGUAGACCAGCCUACUGGCCAUCAGUCUACAGACCAACCCGUAGACCAGCCUACUGGCCAUCACUCUACAGACCAACCCGUAGACCUGCUUAUUGGCCAUCAGCUUACCGUUUUAGUAGGCCAGUCUAUAGACUUUCCUUCAGUAGACCAGCAGACAGGCCUACUCACUACUGAGUGCCCUUCCCUUCAAACUGAAACCGAGACCGAGUGCCCUCCCGAGUGUCCAUCCUUCCACAUAAAGACUAAGUGCAUUUCUCCGUGCCCUACGGAGUUCUCUGUCGAGUGCCUUACAAAAUGUCCUUCCGUGUGCACUACUGAGUGCCCUUCCCUCCGGACGGAGACAUAUGCAGAGUGUGCUGUCCCCCCCAGCCCUUCCCUGCUCCUCCUUAGCCCCUCCCCAACCAGCCACACCCCUCACGGACACACCCUCUCCCUUUCCCUCUCCUCCAUUCCCCCCUUACCUUCCUUAGGGAUGACCCCUUGCCCCUUGACCCCUAACCCCAACACACCCCUCUCCCUCCCUGACAGCCCCCCAUUACCUUCUUUAGAGGCGGUGACUCACAUCCUUCCCUGCCCCCCCGCUCUGACCCUCCCCCUCUCCUGCCCCCCCACUCUGACUCUCCCCCUCUCCUCCUCCCCCUCUCCUGCCCCCCACUCUGACUCUCCCCCUCUCCUGCCCUCCCUGCCCCCCUCUCUGACCCUCCCCCUCUCCUGCUCUCCCUGUCCCCCUACUCUGACCCUCCCCUUCCCCUCUAGUCCCUCCACCCAAGCCCUCUCUCCUCCCUCCCUCUCUCCCUGCCCCUCUCCAAUCAUCCCUCUCUCCUCCUCCCCUCCCUCCCUCGCUCUCUGCCACCCCAGCCUUGUUGAUUCCCUGCCCCAACUUUUGCUCCCUCCCACUCCUCUACUACUGCCUCAAUCUCUCCCUCCAACUCCAAAUACACCCCCUCCAUCGCCCCCUAUCCAGCUUCUUAGCCAGCCAGGUCCCUCUCUCCACUCAACCAGACAGGCCACUGAGGAGAGAGGAGAGGGAGAGGAGGAGAGAGCGUGGAGGAAGAAAGAGGAGAAGAGGAGGGAUGGGAUGACAGAGGAUGGUGUCUUAAAGCUCUCUCACACACUGAAGGCCCCUGCAGGAGGCAGCCUGGUGGAUGUGUGCUGUGUGUCGUGGCUGUCAGUAGGUGCAUGUGUAGCGGUGGCAGGAGAGUGGGAGGUGUGUGUUUGGGGUCAGAACAACCCCCCACACUGGAGACGACUCCACACCUGGACCUUCAUAGAAUCAGUGAUGUCAGUGUUUCCUGUGUUGGACGCUCCUGGGCUUCUGUGUGUGACUCUGGGCCAGCUGGAAAUCAGAGAGGCCAGGGUACUGUGCUGCUCCAGUCUGUCCCAGGAGGUGCUGUGUGAGGGGGAGAUCCACAUGGUGGUGGGCAUGUCCAAACGAAGGCUGGUUAGCUCCUCCUACUCUGUAGCCACAACCCCGCUGCAGGUCUACACACUGACACAGGAUGGCAGGCUGCAGGCCUGCCUGUCUUUGGUCUGUCCUACUGAGCGCGUGCAGACCGUGGCGGCGGUGGAGGGACAGACUGACGCUCUGAUUGGCUCAACCCAUGGAGGACAUGUUGUUCUGUGGAACGUGACGACGGGGCAGCUGCUGCGGAGCAUCAAUCUGGGAGAUGGUUUCACGGAUACGACCUGUCUCCGAGGAUACUCCCUCUGCGGGGUGCUGUUUGUCCUGUUGCAACACCCGUCCCUGUGUGCUGUGGAGGAGGAAGAGGGAGGGGCUCUGUUCUCGCUGGUCGCCACCAACCCUCUGACUGGCACCGUCGUCCUGGCAACCAGACUAGGCCUCCCCAAAGCCUGCACCGGGAGGCUGGUGGAGGUUGAUGUCCAUGGAUCCAGUGUGAUUGGGGUUUUCCGGUCCGGCUCCGUGUGUGUGUGGCAGCUUGGGGGGCGUCAGGGCCAGCAGGGGGUCUGGUUCCCAGAGCUGGGGUGUCAGGUCGCCCGUUGGGGGGCGCAGGGAACUGUCCUGACGGCACACCUCAAUGGAGACGUCUGCUUACACCGCUACAGACCACUCUGAACAACUACAGACCACUCUGAACCACUACAGACCACUAUAGACCUCUCUGAACUACUAUAGACCACUCUGAACAACUACAGACCACUUUAGAUGACUCUGAACAACUAGAGACCACUAUAGACCACUCUGAACAACUACAGACCACUCUGAACAACUACAGACCACUAUAGACCACUCUGAACUAGUAUAGACCACUCUGAACAACUACAGACCACUUUAGAUAACUCUGAACAACUACAGACCACUCUGAACAACUACAGACCACUCUGAACCACUACAGACCACUAUAGACCACUCUGAACUACUAUAGACCACUCUGAACAACUACAGACCACUUUAGACGACUCUGAACAACUAGAGACCACUAUAGACCACUCUGAACAACUACAGACCACUCUGAACCACUACAGACCACUCUGAACCACUACAGACCACUCUGAACUACUAUAGACCUCUAUAGACCAUUCUGAACUUCCAUAGACCACUCUGAACUACUACAGACCACUAUAGACCUCUAUAGACCAUUCUGAACUACUACAGACCACUGUAGACUCCUCUGAACCACAACUUAUCCACUAUAGACCACUCUGAACUACUGUUAUACAGGCCAGAGGGCUGGCAGGGUAGCCUAGUGGUUAGAGCGUUGGACUAGUAACCAGAAGGUUGCGAGUUCAAACCCCCGAGCUGACAAGGUACAAAUCUGUCGUUCUGCCCCUGAACAGGCAGUUAACCCACUGUUCCCAGACCGUCAUUGAAAAUAAGAAUGUGUUCUUAACUGACUUGCCUGGUUAAAUAAAGGUAAAAAAAAAUAUAUAAAAAAAAAAUGUUUGUUCUACCAAACACAUUUCUAUCUGAAGGUUGUCCUGCUGAAUGCAGCCCAGAAGGGUCUGCUACAUAGCAGGAACAAUGAGUUAGCGCUCUAACUUUGAUAAGCAACCAGAAAUAACUAUUGAUUUUCUGGUUCAUUAAGAAAGCUAAACUUAGAUGUGUGUUUUUGGUUGUUUUAUUAUGCCAUGCACUUAAUAUAUUUCUAUAAAACAAGUUAUUUCUGAAUA